ACCCUCUGGGUGUGACUCUCUGUCACUUACUGUCACAGAGCUACAAGCAAUACAUGACACUGGCUGCCGAAGGGCUCCCUUCAUCAUAGACGGCAGAUAGGUGAAGGGAACAAGCCAAGAGCCCCUGUCCUCUAUGGACCUGUAUGCGCUGGAAGUACCAGCUGAAUUAGCUGCUCUAUUGAAUUCAGCACAAGUGAAGUACUAUGCCCAAGGCACAGGUAUCACAGAGGUGCCUCCACCACAGGUCAAGGCUCAGACCAUCCUUUCGCUUUCUCCUGACAUAAACAACUAUCCAUUAUCCAUCUUUAUUCGCUCCUAUUUUAGGGAUUCUGUUCUUCCACCCUUGGGGCAGCCCCUGCAGGAUCCCCUUACUCGUUUAUCACAGAAUGAUCAUGGAGUUGCUCUGGAAUUGUACAAACUGGCCCUGCGGUUCACGGGUAGCACUACAAUGCAGCCUUGGCAGCAAAGAAUUAUUGGUAACUUCAUUGUGGAACGCUGCCUAAGACAGCCAUCACUUAAAGAUGAACUUCUUUGUCAAGCAGCAAGUCUGACAGUGCAGAACAGCGAUGAGGUACAGAGCCAGAGGGCAUGGCUACUCCUUUCUACUCUGCUCAGCUGUAUCAUCCCUUCACCUACUCUGGAGAAGCCACUGCUGAAGUAUGUCUCCGAUCAAGGCUUUGAAAGUUAUAGGGCCAUAUGCCAGAGCAAAAUCCUUCGUGCCAAGCAGAACAACCUUGGCGUGUUUCGCUCGCAUGCUCCUACUUUGUUGGAAUGGACCGCUAAUGAGAGAAAAGGAAAGAUGAUCGUGGAUGUGUUUACCUUUAAUGAGGAAAAAUAUUCUACAGAAGUGGAUUCAUGGACAACCGGAGAACAACUAGCAAGCUGGCUUCUGCAGUCCAGAGGUUCUGGGGAAAAUCCUCGUGGCUGGUCUGUCUCCAUUCUGGACGGUGAUCAGUGGUUUGAUCUCUCAGGAGAUGACUUUUUGCUGGAUGUAAUUGCUGAGAUAGAAGAUGGUGCUCCUCCUCAGGCUUUUCAAACAUCUGAAUACCCUUUUGGAGAUGCAGGAGGCAUCCCUGAACCUCCACUAGACUAUGCUCCAAUACUUCCACCAGGACACCCAUCUUUCCCAGCACCUGACUUUCCUCCUGAUCCUCCACAACUCCAAGCACCAAGAGCUCCACCUCUCCCUCCACCUUUUCCUUCAUCUUUUGAAAGCCCUAAUUCUUCAAUCCCCCCACCUCCGCCCAUACUGGCCCCUCCUCUAUCAUCUGGAAUAAUGGAUCCAGGUGUAGAUGAAAUGUAUUCAGUGAACACUAGAGGAGCGCCCAACAGAAUGGAGAAUUACCUAGACCAGCUUUUUAAUCCAAUGUUAUCAUCACCAACUGAUUUAAACCAGACUAAUAACCUGAACUGGCGCAUGAAGGGAGGUGGCGGCAUCGGGCCUACAAGACAAAAUGCAUUUUCCUCUCAAGGUUACACUGGAGUUGGCUCAAUGCCUGCAUAUUCUAUGCCAGCUAUGAAUGGUAUGAUGCCUGCAAUGGGAAUGAUGCCCCAAAUGCCAGGUAUGAUGCCCCAGCCUAUGAUGCCUCAAGCAAUGAUGCCUCAAGCAAUGAUGCCUCAAAUGAUGGGUCAGCCUAUGCCCAUGGCACAGCAAAUGGUUCCUGCUAUGGACCAUACACAAAUGGCUGCCCAACAAGCUUUUAUUCAGCAGCAGGCCUUGCUUUUGGCGCAACAAAUGACACUUCAAGCCACAAUGUUGUCCCAGCAGCAGCAGGCUCGUCAAGACUCUUCACAAAGAAACAGAGACCGUUCUCCGCCUCCAGCUUCAAAACCUCCACCUAAAAUUCUUCCUAAAUCAUCACCAGCUUCUCCACAAAGAUCAAAGCCAGCACCAACACCACCUACAGCUCCUACACCUCCACCCGCUCCAGCUCCUUUGCCUGCUGCUGCACCUCCACCUCCUGCUGCACCUCCAUCUUCUUCACCAGCUUCUGCGCCACUUCCGAUCCAAAUCUCAGAGAAUAUGAAACCGGAAAUCCCUAGAGAGGUAUACUGGGAUGAAGUGGAUGCCACUGAGUAUUCAUAUCAGAAGAAAACAUUCCAGCAGAAGAGAGAAUACUUCCAAAAGAUGGAGGCUCAAAAUAUCCGAGUGAAAUCGCUGAAGCCUCCUUCUAAAAUUCUGCUACCAGCUCCUGCAGCAGAACCAGAGAGUGAUAGCGACGAAGAACCUCCAGAGCCACCAGAACCAGAGCCACAGCCAGAAAUACCAUCUCCAAAGCCACCACCCAUAGUACCCCCUCCUCCACCCAAUCCAGCAGAUGCUCCAGUAAGAGAGAUUAAGAAGGUCACUGCAGUAAAAGCAGCACCUAGGCCACAGCCCAGUCAAGAAAUAAGAGAUAUCAUCAAGAUGUACCAAAGCCGUGCCCAAGAAGAGCCUAAACCCUACGAACCAGUCAGGAGAAGUGCCCAGACCUUCGUAAAGAAGACAGACCCUAAGGCCGAGGCUCUUGAAAGACUACAGAACUCUGCUCCUCCUCCUCCAGAGAAGGCCACUUUAAAGCCACCACCGCCCCCUCCAAUUCCCUCUUCCAAAGAAAAGACAAGUGAGAUGUCAAAUUCUAUUCGAGAGAAGCAGAAGCCACUCCUAGGGCUCUUUUCAUCUGGUCUCAUAGCCCCAGAAGUGAAAGCUCCGAAGGCUGCAGGACGAACUCUUGAGGGUGACCACACCACUAAGUCAGCUCUCAUUAAACAUACUGCCAGUGUUUUCUUCUCCUACAGUGAUGUAAACUGGAGAAUUUAUGUGCGGAAGGAACUCUUCUAUCCAAGAGAAAAAUUCACUCAACCAUAUUUUUUGAAUCUUCUGUGUGAACAGAUAAUUCGAGACACAUUCUCAGACACUGGUUUCAAGCUGUCUAGAGAGGAGAGGCGGAAGAUGAAAGACUUCUUAAAUGAGCACCAAGUAGGAAGUGAUGCCAGCUCCAUCAGAGAAGAGUCAGUCAAGAAACGUAUCGUUAUGGCCGCCAGGGAUAACUGGGAAAAUUACUUUUCCCGCCUCUUCCCGGUCACACUGGAUGACGAUGUAGAAAAACUGCUUUUGGGGGUUUCUCACCGAGGGAUCCGACUACUGAAGGAUGUGAAUUCAUCAGGAAUACAUCAGAGAUACCUGAAGACUCUGUUCAGCUACAGUUAUGUAGAUAUCCUGUCCUUAGACCUGACCGAUUCCCGAACAUUGCACUUUUCUCUCCGUACUGACGAUCUGAGUUUGCGCUCCGACAGAGCAGAGGCACUAAAAAACCUGGUGGAACUGUUUCUGCAGGAACUGAUGAAGGACUCAAAUCAUGUGGUUGCGCUCCGUAGUCAUUUUACUGAUGAUAAGAGUCUUCUUCAGUUCAAGAAGGGUGACAUUAUCAAAUUGGUGCCAAUGGAUGGAUUGGAGCGAGGUUGGCAGUUUGGUUCUCUUGGAGGACACUCGGGUAUUUUCCCAUCACGAUUUGUGCAGCCUGCUGCAGUCCCAGACUAUUACUCAACAAUAGAAAAAAAAGAAAGCCAAAACAAGCCCCGCCCCGUGGGUCUCCGCAGAACCUUCAGCACUGAGUUUACAUAUUUGGCAUUAAUCUACCAGCACUUGGUGGCUAACCGGAGAGACUUCCAAAAUGUAACAUAUCUGGCAUGA